GGGUGCAGGCUGGAGGGAGUAGGGAGGGGCAUGCUAGAGAAGGGAAAGGGGAGAAAGAGAAGGCUUGUAAAAUGGGACUGCCUGCCAAGUUCUCAGGCACUCCUGCUACCUUUGCCUACCAUGCCUGGGCUUCCAGGUUGGUGCCUGCCCUAUUUUGGAAAGAGACAACAAAACUGCGCAGUUUAGGGGAGCAUUUCUGACCCUUGGGGGAUGUUCUAAACUGGCUCAGUUGACCAGGACAGGGCAUAUAGGUGAGAAGAUUGCUCUAGGCUUCUUCUUCUUUUUUAAAAUAGUGGUAAAAUUCACUAACACGAAAAAUCGCUUUUCCUCCAGUCCUCUCCCCAUCUUCCUUCCCACUGCUCUGAGUGGGGCUGGACCUUGCUCCUAGGGACUUCUACAGAGAUAGGGAAUGAGCCCCCUCGCCCACUUUCUGAGACAGUGUUUCUCUGUGCAGUCCUGGCCUGGGUCUUCCUAUGUACACCAGACUGGCUUUAAACUCACCGAGCUCUGCCUGCCUCUGCCUCCAGAGUGCUAGGAUUAAAGGCUUGAGUCAUUGUAUCUGGCUGAGUCACACCUUUCUUGGCAAUACUGGAGGAAAGGCUACUUUGCUGGGGAAGGGAGACAAAGUCUCACUAAGUAGCCCAAGCUGACCUCAAAUUCAUGGCCCUCCUGCCUCAGCCAACCAGGAGCUGGUAUUACAAGAACCGCACUGCCACACCUGACCUGACAGGAAGGUUACAAAGUGACAGUGACGAUUAAGAUCAAGAUUGAAAGGGGUCCCCCAGAAAAGACAUACAUUCACCUCCUACUGUGCCACUUACAGCUGUGACAGGAGACAAGAUAUACAGCUUCUUAAUGGUUUUGACGCAAAGAUAAAAAGUUUCUCUACUGGGAUAGGCUGAUAGCUACGAAGCACCCAGAAUAGUGCUCGCUCACACUAAACUCAAUAACUGCUAUUAAAUAUUGAUAUUGUUACCAUCACCCGGUCACCGAACUUGUACAUAAGGUGAGGCAGUAGAGACUGAAACAGGGAUUUAGGAAUUGGGUGUGAGGCCAAAGGAGUAUUUUGCAGCGGUGUAGGUUUGUCUCAGUCAUCCCGCCUGUUAGGGAUGGCGCUCUGGCUGGAAACUCGCUCUUAGACUAUUCUUGUCCCUUAGCCCUCUUGUCACGCGCACUCUUCUUCACCUCACUAGCUCAACCAGCAGUCUGUCCUGGGACUUGCGGCACUUUGGGCCAGACUCUUGCUUUGUAGCAUCCCCAGCAUUGCUAGUUGGAUUUUGAGAUGGGAUAGUCAGCUUAACUGGUUAGGCGUCUUGCCAUUUAAGCCUCCUAUUUUCCGAGGCCUUUAGCCUGUCCAGUCCUGCCCAUAGGGGUCACUUGGUCUUCAUUUUAUAGUCGGAUGGUGGGGGACCUAAACUUGUGAGUUGGUGGAGUCCGCACCUCCCCACGGAGACAGUUCUGUCUUGCUCAGAGGUGAGGCGGUGAUGACAAUGUUUUUCAGCUGGGACAGCUGGGCACCUGGCAGUGCCUCCACCGGUUGCUUUGAAUCAGAUCUGCCCAGCGAGGGAGAGCAGAGGGGAGGAGGGCAAGCGCAGGCUGGGGCAGCAGAGCAGGCAGGUGUCUGUUCCCUGCCUCCAGGCUCUGUAACUAGGGUGGAGCCCGCGGCCUCCCACCCUCCUCCGUCAGUCCCUACGGUAGCAUCUGGCUAGGAUUUAAAGUACUGAACAGGCUUGCAAAGCUGCUUUCCUUGCUCAGCAACAACACUGGGGCUGCAGCCUCCGCCCGGUCUGGGGAAGCUCCGCCUUGGUAACAAGCUUCUGACUGGCUCGUCUAGGGACGAAGCGGGCCAAUCAAAGCUUGCGGGGGAGGUGGGUGGGGACCCUAGGUUUGAGAGCGUGGGUCGCUCUCCACUGGGCAGCGCAAAAAACGACCUUCCAGGAAGGGCGGCGACGGCGGUGCCUCCGGUGCGCUCCCACUCUCCCCUCCCCUGCCACCUGCUGCCCGAGUCGCUAAAUCCCGGAAGCUUUGAACAUUUCCACACUUUCUGACUCUCCUCGAAGUUCAUAGACGGCCGGACCCGCCCUUUGUGAGCAACCCGGAAGCUCUGGGCUCUAGAACCUCUAACAUUUCCAAUCCCCAGUCCAGAGCGCGCCUGGACUUGGCAUUGCUUUCCCAGGUUCCCUUCCUGGGCCCUUUUCGUUGUCUUGAACGUCGGUGGUGUUGGUGGUCACCCGAGCACCCCUCUCGUUACUGUUAGUCACCCUCUAAAUCCACAUAACAAACUCUGCAACUGGGAUCCUGUAAUAGUGAAUUGGUUUCUGAGAACAUCGGUGGGUAACUUUGUAAAACAAAGUAUCUCUCCCUCUUCCCUCUUUCACCGCGACCUACCACCACGUGCUGCCUUUGCUGGGAAAGCAGGAGGAAGGUGGCCCAGGCCACCCGGGGAACACCAGGGAGCCUGGACUUCGGCACCAGGACAUCACCCUCACUCCCAGCGUUUGUAGCAGAGUGUGCUGCCUCUGUGCCGCCUCUGAUGAAGCUGGCUCUGAGACUUGCGAACCACGGAUCCAUCAGACUGUGGGGCGGGGCGGGGGUUGGGGGAGGAAUGGAAGGUGGUGAUGCUUCUGAGAUCCAAGUCUUGAGUCAGGCCGUCACUGAGGUAGAUCCUGACACCAAAAGGACACCCGGAGCUUUUGGGUUUGGGCACAUUGUUCUCUCUGCUGGUCACUCAGCUGGGAUGAAUGUCAAAACACUACAUGGAGUCAUUUGAAUCUUUUCAGGUGUGCUGUAGUAUUUUCAGUAAACCUGGGUUAAUGACAACAAAAAUAGCGUGUGUGUUCCCUAACCCCAUCAUACAUAAAUACAUAACAACCGCACGACUCAGGAUUUAGCACCAGAUAAAGAUUUGAGAGACAGGUGACCAGGAUUUGCUUCCAGUCCUCUGCCACUUGCUGCCUAUGUUAUUACCCUAAGCAACAUGUAACCUUUCUGAGCUGUGGUGCCCCCUGUGUAAAAUACUAAUAAUGGCACCUACCUUCUAAUAGUAUUGUUGCAAAAGGCCCAUUACGCAAUGGCCACGUGAAUAAAGAUCUUACCUUAGCUGUAAUAAUAAAGGAGACCGUUUUCCUUUCUCACGUGUGGUCAGCUUUCCUUUGAGGUUUAGGUGCUAGGAAGGAGACUAGAUUCUAGGGACAUUAAAAUUUUCUAUUAAUAAAGUAAUAGAAGAUCCAGGACAAAAUAUAGUAAAAAUCUUUACACGUCGACAUUCUAGCAUAGAUCCUGCUUUGAUAUCUCCCGGCAAGAAAGAGCUCCUUUUCCUCAAAGCCUUUAUCCCCCCUCAAAUUCUUCCCUCUCAAAACUUUUAGAGCGGCAAGUGUCUGACAACUUGAUGGGUCUCCUCCUCCAGCUGGUCAGUCCAGUAUGCUGCGUGGGCUGUCCUUGAACUUGAGAUUCUCUGCCUCAGCCUCCCCAAGUCUGACAUUAUCAGUGUAUCACAUGCCUUAUUUAUUUACUAGUAUUCGUAUUAUUUACAUUAUUUUAAUAGAACUUAACAUUGCCUUUUUAAUCACGGACCCCUGAAGUGAGCUCUCAGAGUGUGUGUGUGUGUGUGUGUGUGUGUGUGUGUGUGUGUGUAUGUGUGUGUUUACACUGGCACCAGCAUAUGCCGAGCACCUGUUUAGAGUCCCUUCUCACCUGGAGACUUACCCACUGCGUUCUUUUGUCUGUUCUGAAACAGUACACAAACUUUCCUCCGUGCACACGGAGAUGGGCUAGUCACAGCUCACAAACUCCUGGCCGUUAUCCAAUUUUGUUACCUGUCGGCUCUGCUGAAGUCAGAAGUGGACCUCUGUUGCUGGUUUGUAUUACCAGAACAAAAGCCAGAAUGUGUCUGGGGUACCUGUUAAGGCUUGGUGACUGGGGACCAGAAGGAGAACAAGGAGCACACAGCUGUGGGUCAGAGCUCCCGCGGAGUCAGUGGAUCUGUGUUUCAGGGUUCAGUCUGUCUUUAGGAGCAAGUCAAUUAAACAUACUAGGUGUCAAUUACCAUUUCUGUAAAGUAGAGUAAAUGUAUCUGUUUCUUUACUGCAUUGACAUUUUAGGAAAGACAUGGGCCACAAAAUUAAAAGCACUUUUUAUAUACUUGGAAAAAAUGUAUAUAUAUCCAAGUAUAUAAAAUAUAUUUUUUUCAAAGAGAAGUAUGUGUGAGAAAGGAUCAUGGUCCAGUAAAUCCACUUACUAUUCAUCAUUCUUUUUGUGAGACCCAAAAGAAUAUGAUCCCAUGGGUGUUAUUAAAAACUCAUGAGCACAGCUCUGUGCUAACUGCUGGGGAAGCAUUUGGAGGACUCUCAUAUGACACGAUUCCUGCCUUUAAAGAAUUUACAGUCCCAGUUGCUCAACUAACAUAUGAAACAUUGAUGUGUGGUAUUGGCUGUGGCUUUAAACAAUGGCUCUCCAACAUAGCCGCUUCUGUCCUCCCAUGAAAGGGUCAUCCAGUGAUGGGACAGUGGAACCCUCAGGUGGCUGUCCCCACUCUAACCAUCACUGUCCUGUCCCUUUGUCUCCUUUUCUGUUGUUGGUUGAGCGUGAACUUUCACGUAGCGUCUCAGGGUUUGGACUUGAGUAGUUUCGAUGUACUGACUUUUGUCUCUGCCUCACCUGCGGGGCUGCCUUCCUUCUGGGAUAAUGUUGAUACCCCUUUCCCGUGUUUGCUCACCUGCACCUGCCUGCCACCGGUGUUCAUGAAUGCCACUGCAGUCAUUGCAGCUGCAGCAGCUGCUCUCGGGAGGGCCCUGGGCUGAACACUAGGGUGCUACUGUCCCUCCAUCCCCGGGAAAGAAGGGUCAGCCUUUCCGGCUGUGACAACCUCCCUACGAGAACUUGCCUCUCGCAAAGGAUCUCCUUCAACCCUCUCCAGAGGAGGAAAAGAAGAAACACAAGAAAAAGUGCCUGGUGCAGAGGCCCAAUUCCUACUUUAUGGAUGUGAAAUGCCCAGGAUACUAUAAAAUCACCACGGUCUUUAGCCAUGCACAGACAGUAGUAGCCUUGAGUGUCGGCUGCUCCACUGUUCUCUGUCAGCCUACAGGCGGGAAAGCAAGACUGACAGAAGGAUGCUCCUUCAGGAGGAAGCAGCACUGAAAAGCACUUGAUUUGAGAUGAGUGGGAACCAUCCCAAUAAACACAUUUUGGAUAUA